AUGGUGAACUUGACUAUUUGCUUGUCAGCUCUCAUCGAAAGACAACAACAGAUAGUUCUAUCAGCUUUGAAUAUUCCUCUUUGCGUCACUGCAGUUUUGACGAAUCUUCUGAUCAUCGUUGCUCUUCAAAAACCAUCGUCCCUUCAUCCGCCAUCUAAGCUUUUGUUAGGUUGCCUUGCGAGCACUGACCUCUGCGUGGGUCUCAUUACACAACCUCUUUUCGUUGCCUUUUUGAUGUCUUCAGAAAACUCGAAACGCUGUUAUUAUGUUCAAUUAUUUUUAAGUACCACCAGUGCCAUCUUCUGCGGAGUAUCUGUGGUUACGCUAACUGCAAUAAGUGUGGACAGACUUCUCGCGGUGAAGUUGGGACUACGAUACAGACAGGUGGUGACUUUGAGGANAAUAUAUCUCACACUUCGCCAACAUCAAGGUCAAGUAGAAGACCAGGUCCACCAAGGACAACCGAACGGAGGAGGGAUUGGAAUCAAUAUGGCACGAUACAAGAAGACGGUGUCCAGUGCGUUAUGGGUGCAAACAAUAUUUCUUGUUUCUUAUGUCCCAUUUGGCUUUGCAGUAGCUGUUCUUGUUAUCACUGGACUUCUCCUACCAGAUCUUUACCUCGCUUUGGAUGUGACAUUUUCUCUCAUUUUGUUAAACGCAUCACUUAACCCAUUUCUGUACUGUUGGAAGAUGAGGGAAGUGAGGCAAGCAGUAAAGAACACAAUCAGAGGAUUUUGGUGUUCGAGUUAA